AUGUCUCAAAUCACCGCCUUCAACCACCCUCUCUACUCGGCUCCUUCCACCAGCAACGCUAGCUCUCUCCCUGCUGCUGCCGCCAUCCCAGCAUGCAACCAGCUCACGGCCUUGAAGGCCAAGAACUUCGACGAGCUAAUGGACCUCGCGGCCCAAGUUUUCACCGGCCAAGAGGAUCUCCAAUCCACCAUGUCCUCUAUCAUGAACGCCAUCGCGUCUGGCCCAAUCGUGCACCAACUCGCAGAGGCAAUUUACUUUCGACAAGGGCACACCUUCGUAAUGCAAUACCGCAUCGACGACAUCACGCGCCUUCAGCAGGAGCAUGAAGCUGUCGCCGCUGGCAUCGCGACGCCAGAUGCGCUUGCGGGGAUGAGCGACUUCGUGCUGAGGCAGCGGUUGAGCUCCUGGGUGUCUAGCUUGGGCUUGGCCGAGAUGGAAGUUGACAUAGACUCCUUUUCUUCGUCCUCUUCCUCCUCUUAUUCCUCUGAUGAGGAUGACGAUUUCAAGGAGCCCAUGAAAGAAGACUCUCAAGAUAGUGGCUAUGAGUCAAAGUCCCCCGAUAUGGAGACAAAUGAGGAGAACGACUACGACGGCUUCGAGUCCAUGGAUGAGAACACCGACUAUGAGAGCGACGACGAUAAGAAGCUAAUUUAG